UAACCAGAAAAUUUGACUGUUCCCACCUGUGAAACUUCCGGUCAUAUAGGAAUACAUAUAAAUUCAGUCAGGCCAUCUAUUUAAUCUGAUCUCUCCCGCGCAACAGUUGAAUUGCUACGAUUUUUCGUUACAUUUCCUUCAAAUCAAACCAAAUCUCUAUCUUAAAAAUAAAAAUUAGGACUGAAAACAGAUCCUUAGAAAGCAUAAAGAAAAACAAUGGCGGGCCGAUUCGGUUAUCCAUCGGCAGCGACGAUGAUCGUGACCAACACUCCGGCAGCGGAUCUUGCACUCACUAACCUCGCUUACUGCUCGGCCUCCGAUCUCCAUAACUUCGCCGUCCCUGGAACUAAGCUCUUCCUUGCUUUAAUCGGCGACUCUUUUGUUCUAUCUCUUUCUCCUCAUGAAAUGAUUCGUUCUGGUAAUAUUGCGCUAAAUGCUAUUCAACGUCGGCAUGCAAAAGUUUCUACUGGAGACUCAAUUUCUGUUAGCAGGUUUAUUCCUCCCGAGAAUUUUGAUCUUGCAAUGCUUACACUCGAAGUUGAAUUUGUGAAGAAGGGAACUAAGAAUGAACAGAUUGAUGCCGUUUUACUAGCAAAUCAACUGAGGAAGAGAUUUAUUAACCAGGUCAUGACCACUGGACAAAGGGUAUCCUGUGAGUAUCACGGAAAUAAUUAUAUUUUCACUGUCAGUCAAGCUGUUAUAGAGGGUCAAGAUAAAUCUAAUGAAAGAGGAAUGAUUUCAAGCGACACAUACUUCAUUUUUGAAGCAUCAAAUUCAAGUGGCAUAAAGAUUGUUAACCAACGUGAAGCUGCUAGUAGUAACAUUUUUAGACAAAAGGAGUUCAAUCUUCAGUCAUUGGGUAUAGGUGGUUUAAGUGCAGAGUUUGCAGAUAUAUUUCGAAGGGCUUUUGCAUCUCGAGUUUUUCCGCCCCAUGUGACAAGCAAAUUGGGGAUUAAGCACGUAAAGGGAAUGCUUCUUUAUGGUCCUCCUGGAACUGGAAAAACUCUCAUGGCUCGUCAAAUUGGGACGAUAUUGAAUGGAAAGGAACCAAAGAUUGUUAAUGGUCCAGAAGUGCUAAGCAAGUUUGUUGGUGAAACUGAAAAGAACAUCAGAGACCUGUUUGCUGAUGCUGAAAACGAUCAGAGGACACAUGGAGACCAAAGUGAGUUGCAUGUAAUAAUAUUUGACGAGAUUGAUGCCAUAUGUAAGGCCAGAGGAUCUACAAGAGAUGGCACGGGAGUUCAUGACAGUAUUGUGAACCAGCUACUUACAAAGAUAGAUGGUGUGGAGUCCCUUAAUAACGUUCUACUUAUUGGAAUGACCAACAGAAAGGAUAUGCUUGAUGAAGCACUUUUAAGACCUGGACGAUUGGAGGUCCAAGUCGAGAUAAACCUUCCAGAUGAAAAUGGACGCUUGCAGAUUCUUCAAAUUCAUACAAACAAGAUGAGAGAGAGCUCUUUUCUUGCCCCUGAUGUGAACCUGCAAGAACUUGCUGCUCGGACCAAGAAUUAUAGUGGGGCAGAACUUGAAGGUGUUGUAAAAAGUGCUGUAUCUUUUGCCUUAAAUAGACAACUAAGUAUGGAAGAUCUAACGAAGCCAGUAGAUGAAGAGAGUAUUAAAGUUACAAUGGAGGACUUUUUAACUGCUGCACAAGAAGUUAUUCCUGCAUUUGGAGCCUCUACUGAUGACCUUGAACGGUGCAGACUGAACGGCAUAGUGGAUUGUGGUGAUCGAAAUAAACAUAUUUAUCAAAGAGCUAUGCUGCUGGCGGAGCAAGUUAAAGUUAGUAAAGGAAGUCCACUUAUUACAUGCCUUCUGGAAGGUCCAAGUGGCAGUGGCAAAACUGCGCUGGCAGCUACUGUUGGCAUUGAUAGUGACUUCCCAUAUGUCAAGAUAGUCUCAGCCGAGACAAUGAUUGGCCUUCAUGAGAGCACGAAAUGUGCACAUAUAGUUAAGGUUUUUGAGGAUGCAUACAGGUCACCAUUAAGCAUUAUAAUUCUUGAUGACAUUGAGAGACUACUGGAGUAUGUUGCCAUUGGACCUCGCUUCUCAAAUAUAAUAUCUCAGACAUUGAUGGUUCUCCUCAAACGCCUACCUCCAAAGGGAAAGAAGCUUCUGGUCAUGGGCACAACCAGUGAAGUUGGCUUUUUAGACUCAGUUGGCCUCUGUGCUGCUUUCUCCGUUACUUACGAAGUUCCCAAAUUGAAUAAAGUUGACGCAAAGAAGGUACUGCAACAACUAAAUGUUUUCGAUGAAGAUGAUGUUGAUUCGGCUGCUGAGGCGCUUGAUGAUAUGCCUAUCAAGAAGCUGUACAUGUUGAUUGAGAUGGCAGCUCAAGGUGAACAUGGAGGAUCAGCAGAGGCAAUUUACGCCGGUAAAGAGAAGAUCAAAAUUGCUCAUUUCUAUGAUUGUCUUCAAGAUGUUGUACGCUACUAAUUUCUCUGUCCUUCACCUUAUUGGGUUCAUAAUUCCCUCUUUAAUUUACUUUUUCUCAAAACUUAUUGACGGAAGCUUGUCGGAUGCCAUGUUUUUGAGGUUUUCUGUUUUCUUUUGGCGUUGUGUCCUUCAUUUUAUUACCGGCAUUAAUUUGUAUUAGGUUUGUUUAGUGUCUUCACUAUGUGAAGAUCAAUACACAAUUGAUAUGCUAGCCAAUAGUUUUGAGAGAUUAUAUAUUUAUUUAUUUAAUGUUUGCUUUGGAAA